GCCUUCUAGAUCCUCACGUCACUCCAUCAACGCCUCCGAGCUUUGCGAUUCCAGCAGUGACACCUUGCGACGAGCACAGCCCGCAUAGCCGCGUCACCGCCAGAAGAUCAUCGAUUCUAGUGCUAUUCUCUUCUCUUCCUUUACCCCCCACAUACUGGCGGACAUUUUGUGGAAAGGCGCCGCUCCAACAGCGGGAGCUGUGGGUGGCCCUAAGAAGCCGAAGCCCAUAAUGUCGCAACCUCCCGGAUUGCCUCGCCUUUCGCCCCAGUUUUGCUUUUCAACCGGCACGCUGCGUGAUUUCUUGCGCCUGUCUCGAUCAUCAAUAGACGAUUCCAUUACACAGAAUCUAAAUGCCCUGGUAACGCCAUCUCGGGCGGGCUUCGAUCCCGGAUCGACAUCCACACGGACUCCGAAAUCGUUUGCCGAGCAGAUCAACCCCGAAGCAUGCCAGUCGUUCAAGGAUAAGGUGCUGUUUCCCUCAUGGAAGGCGAGGGCCGAAGUGCUUCGGUAUUGCGGCAUCGUAGCCACCAGCCCGGAUCCAGACGACCCAGAGGCUGCCAUUCUUGAACUGGAGAAGCAGCGCGAUCGCGAGCGGAUUGUCGACGAAAGGCUAGAUCCCUACUCGGGACGGUUCUUCCCCCGAGAAGCUCGUACUCAGUCACUUGCUCUCUUGAUGCGACAGGAACGGGCUGUGGAAAACAUUGUGCGCAGCAGAACUUGGGAUGUCAUACAGGCUAGGUGCGGUGCUUCUGCUCAGACCUGGGAAGACGCCAUGAGCAAAUGGGAGGCAGCACAGAAGCCGGGUCAAAGCGAAGAUGGCCGAUGACCGAGUAAGCCGGACGACAAGAUAUCAAAAGUCACGACGAGGUAACGCCGUCGUCAGGAAACAGCAUAUAUGGCUUUGAAUGUGAAAAUGGACAUGUGGAUACGAAAAGAAAGAUGCCACAACUGUAUAUAACAACUUGUACUAUUAGUGUAGCUGCGCUCUCUCUGUGCAGCCUGAACAUAUAUAUAUCUACCCUUUUCUCUUGUAUUAGUUUUACAGCUAUUGAAUAGUAAGAUUGCUAGAU